UUCCACCCACUACUAAUCCAGGCAACGCGACAAGAUCUUCUAAUACAUCUAAUCCAGGCACCAUUGCACCCACUACUAAUCCAGCCAACGCAACAAGACCUUCUAAUACAUCUAGUCCAGAUACGACGCCUUCUUAUACAUCAAGUCGAGGCACCAUUCCACCCACUACUAAUCCAGCGAAAAACAUGCCACGAAAUUUUACGACAUCAGCGCCAGAAUUAUGCGGCGAAAGUCAACUGUAUCCUCCUGGAAAACUCACAAGCCCUCUUUAUCCCCUUUCAUACCCUCACUACAUGGAUUGCAGUUGGACCAUUUCCAGCACCAAUGGAAGAAAAAUUUUACUACAGUUUACUUCAUUCUUGCUGGAAGGUAGUUACAGUUGUGGAUUUGACUAUUUGGAAGUUUAUGAUGGAGAUUCAGCAAAUACGACGAAACUGGGCAGAUUCUGUGGAAACCAAUUACCAAGAAGCCUGGUAUCAUCUGGACUCAAACUCUUCAUCGUGUUUCACUCGGAUUAUAGCGUGUCAGCACCGGGAUUUGUUCUGAACUAUUCAACACCAUUAGAUGUAAAUGAAUGUUACUUUGGAACACACAACUGCGCUAUUGGAGCGUCAUGUGUCAAUACGAAUGAAUCGUUUUACUGCAUUUGUGAAAACGGUUAUACCGGAGAUGGCGUAACCUGCACAGGUUUACAUCUUUAUACUAAUUAUUUAUAUCAUGAAUGUGAACUUGGAAUUGAUAACUGUCAUUCUCAAGCAUCAUGUCGCAAUACCAAUGGGUCGUUCGACUGUUCUUGCAACUUUGGCUUUAGUGGAGAUGGAAUAGCAUGCAACGCGACAAGACCUUCUAAUACAUCUAAUCCAGGCACCAUUCCACCCACUACUAAUCCAGGCAACGCGACAAGAUCUUCUAAUACAUCUAAUCCAGAUACGACGCCUUCUUAUACAUCAAGUCCAGGCACCAUUGCACCCACUACUAAUCCAGCCAACGCAACAAGACCUUCUAAUACAUCUAGUCCAGAUACGACGCCUUCUUAUACAUCAAGUCGAGGCACCAUUCCACCCACUACUAAUCCAGCGAAAAACAUGCCACGAAAUUUUACGACAUCAGCGCCAGAAUUAUGCGGCGAAAGUCAACUGUAUCCUCCUGGAAAACUCACAAGCCCUCUUUAUCCCCUUUCAUACCCUCACUACAUGGAUUGCACUCCAUUUCACCAGAAUGACGAUUCCAAUAUAAUUAUUGAUGAGGGAGCGCAGGGUAUCCGGAAUGUCAGGCAGAGGUCAAUGUCAGUAAUCCUCGAUAACUUGCGAAAGCCGACUUGA